CAAAGAGUCGAAAUUUCCAUGUCUGCAAAAAUCCAGAACAUGGAACCAAUACCCAUGGCACUGCUUUUCGUCGUCAUCCCUUUCCUCUUCCUCCUACGUCUAAUUUAUCAGCUCGGAAGAAAACCAUUUCCUCCAGGACCCAAAGGGUUGCCGAUCACCGGCACCAUGCUGAUGAUGGACCAGUUAACUCACCGUGGACUCGCCAAGCUCGCGCGCAGGUACGGCGGCAUAUUUCACCUGGAGAUGGGGUGUAUACACAUAGUCGCCAUUUCAAACCCCGAGAUGGCUGGACAAGUUCUUCAGUUUCACGACAGUAUCUUCUCCAACAGGCCAGCCACCAUCGCCAUCAGCUAUUUAACGUACGACAGGGCCGACAUGGCUUUCGCCCAUUACGGACCGUUCUGGCGACAGAUGAGGAAGCUUUGCGUGGUGAAGCUUUUCAGCAGGAAAAGAGAAGAAUCAUGGGAAUCCGUGAGAGAUGAAGUGGAGAAUCUCGUUCAAGCUGUUUCAUCCUGUGACGGGAAGGCAAUAAACGUGGGUGAGUUGAUCUUUAACCUGACCAAGAGCAUCACUUAUAGGGCGGCCUUUGGGUCCAGUUCCCAAGAAGGGCAAGACGAGUUUAUCAAGAUCCUGAAAGAGUUUUCGAAGCUGUUUGGUGCUUUCAAUAUUGCUGAUUUUGUUCCUUGGCUCGGUUGGGUUGAUCCUCAAGGGCUCAACGCCAGGCUCCAGAAGGCUCGUUUUGCGUUAGAUAAGUUCAUUGAUACCAUCAUCGAUGAUCAUAUCCAGAAGCGGAAGAGCUACGUUAACGGCGGCGGCCGCGGUGGCGAUUAUGGUGAGACCGACAUGGUUGAUGAGUUACUUGCCUUUUACUGUGAAGAAGCCAAAGUAAAUGAGUCGGAUGAUCUUAAUUCAAUCAGACUCACCAGAGACAACAUUAAAGCCGUUAUCAUGGAUGUGAUGUUCGGUGGGACAGAGACGGUGGCAUCGGCGAUUGAGUGGGCAUUGACGGAGCUGAUGAGAACUCCGGAGGAUAUGAAGAGAGUCCAAUGGGAGCUGGCGGAGGUGGUGGGCCUCGAUCGCCGUAUGGAAGAAUCCGAUCUCGAUAAACUACCCUACCUAAAGUGCUGCCUCAAGGAAACACUCUUGCUCCACGAGACGGCGGAGGAGGCGGUGGUGCCAGGGUACAGAAUUCCGGCCAAGUCGCGCGUUAUGAUCAACGCAUGGGCCAUUGGCAGAGACAAGGAUUCAUGGGAAGAUCCCGAGAGUUUUAGGCCAUCGAGGUUCCUAAACGAAGGUGCGCCGGACUUCAAAGGAGGCAACUUCGAGUUCAUUCCUUUCGGUUCGGGUCGGAGUUCGUGCCCGGGCAUGCAACUCGGGUUGUACGCACUCGAUUUGGCCGUGGGUCACUUGCUUCACUGUUUCACGUGGGAGUUGCCAGAUUUGAUGAAGCCGACUGAGCUCGACAUGAGUGAUGAGUUUGGACUCACUGCACCUCGGGCCGCUCGACUCAAUGGUGUGCCGAUGAAACGUGUCGUUUGUCCACUCUUUUGAAUGGAAAUCCCAAACUCAAACAAAAUUCAUUUGUCUUUUAAUGGCUGCUUUUUCAGAAUGAAAAAGAGAGCAACAA